AAAAUUAUUAGGCAAUAUGACCGAGAAUUCCUUCCUAGAAUGAAGAACUUACCACAUUCAGACGAGGAAUGAUACAAAUUUCGAGUAGUGCUGAAGUAAUGAUCUCAGUGAAGCUUAACGACGCUAGUGCCGGGGGUCAUAAGACGAUGACAUGCGACUUGUGCACUGGUUAAACAAUUGUCAACAACCAACACUUUUUUCACCUAUGAACCUAAAAACUCAAUAAUUUCUCUUGUCUUUAUAUAUCAGAUGAGAAUUUGUAGCUCAUUUUUUGGAACUAAGAUCUAUUUUCCCUCCUUUUUAUGGGUAUUCACUUUCGUCCCGAGGCGAAUUUAAAAUUGCAAGCAAAAGUCACAAGGCAUUUGGAACAUUCGACGGGGCAGUAAGGAGGAGGAGUGAAACAAGUAAGUUCUGUUACAACUAGUCUGUAACUCCCUCUCUUAAAGCCUCUUUGCAAUUGCAAUACUCAACACACUCAACAAAGCAGUACGAGGACUAGAAAACAAGAAACUUACUUAAGUUUAGACAGUGCAACUCCCCGACGGAUACAGUAGCAGGUAUUAGAUAUCAGGUAGCGAAAAGUAUACUCCUGCGGUGAAAGAAGGGCGCUGAAAGGCCACAGGAAAACAAUGCAGCACUUGAGGCACAUCGCGGCGCUUUUCGCCAUCUUCCUCUUCAUUUCGAGCGACAAUAUAGUUGGAGCUCGCCGUCACAACCGUCGACAAUCUCCCUGUACAGUCUCUUCAGCUCCAGGCUCUCCGUCUGCCUCCACAACUCCUCAACCACCGCCAGUUUCAACACCUGCAUCCACAUCUCCAAUCAGUUCCUCUGUUCCAACAUCCGCACCAUCUUCUCCUGGCCCGCCAAAUCCACCAGUUUGCAAUAUGCAAUCUCCCGGCAUCUGUCAACUUGCCACUAAAAGCAAUUUUGCCGGCAAUCCCCUCGUCCAAGAUGCCUGGAUCUUCAACCCAUCUUGCAAUGUCAUUGGCGGUACAACUGGUCUUGCGUUGUACCAAACUCAUUUCUUGGCUUCACAAUUGCCUUAUGGAAUCGUAUUGACGGGAAAUAGUCCUACCGCAUCCCCUAGCUUUGACUAUGCAGGCGGUCAUUAUGGAGUUGGUGGUACGGAUGGUGGAAUUCCGGGUUGGUGGUGUGCGAUUGAGGCAGAUGGUACUUAUGAUUGUUAUGCGCUAUUUAAGUGUUAGGAAACGAUCAAGGAGUGACAGUGUUGCUCGUCGAGAAUAGCCGAAAUUUUGAAAUGCUCGAUGAGUGGUGGCUGGUGGGAGACGGGUGGAACUGCUUUGACGACGGUGGCUUGCUGUGAUGGGAGGAUAUAUUCAUAGUUGGUUGGUUCUAGGACGCGAUUGGAUAUUAUCACCUUCUCAAUGGACUCCCAGCGAGUUAAUGAUAGUGUUGUAUCUCCCUGAAAAUCCUGCGAAUGGGUUUGCACAAUACACUGGCCGAACUUGCUCAUAGUUGGAAUUUGAUAGGACACGGAUUUGAAAUUGAAACAGCACUUAGACUGGUAGUGGUAGAUAGUAUUAUAAGCAUAUUUUUUUUUCAACAAAUGCGAUGUUCUCAGAUAUA